AUGCUGGAAGGCACUCCACCCAUUGAAGCUUGGUUAAACAACUCACCUACACCUUUGGAGGGUGGGCCAGUGGUGAAAGGACUUCAAUUCGUUCAGACGGGAAACUAUACAAUUCUGGCAAAAAGUGAUGCAGGAAAUAGCUCCAAAAAGGUUGACGUUAACGUUAUGGGUAAGGUUUUUGUCUCAAAGUUAACAUGGCAAUAUGUCGAACCAUAUUUCAAUACCAAACUAUGAUAACUGAUAUUUUUUGCUCAUAUUCAAGUGUCUUUCCCAAUGAAACGAUUCAACCGUGUUGCUUUUGAACGCACUGGUGGUGUAUUUUUUAAUAUAGUAGUUGUGCAAGUUUAUAGUGUAACUUUAUGAACACAUUUGGUUUAGAAAUCUACCGUUGCAGUUGUCUCAUCCGCUUUUCACUUGUCAUCUGUUACCUGAGAAAAGAUGCAUUGAUUUCGCAGAUUGCAGGCAUUUAUGUCAAAGCAAGGGUCUUUUAAAUGGUUCUGGGCAAGUAACAAACCAUCAUACCUGCAGUGGAGGCAAUGUUACAUAUAUUUGGAAGUGUAUACCAACAACAACUACUAAUUUGUAAGUGAAUUUCCUGGCUCAAGGACUCUUUAACUGCUGAUUUUAAUAAAAUUGCUCAGUGGCAGUGAAUCAUGCAUGAAACAAAUAAAAACGUUUCAAAGUGAACGCCCUAAAAGUCGUUUAGCUUGGAAAAAAGCCUUCUGAGGUUUCAAUUAAUUAAAAUUAAAAAAAAUUACAUAUGAACUAAAACGAACAUUAUUACUUUCAUCAUUAAAGAAGUAUACCUUUGGUCGAUGAGGGUUUUUUUACCUUAGUAAGUCUACAGGUUUAUACAACCUCAACCUGAUUUUGAUUUACAGAAUGUUUGUGGUUAUAUGAUUAUUCCUCGCGAAGCGAGCGGCCUAUAAAUUUGUCGCGCCGUGUAUUGCGUGGAUCGCACAGCGACGCAGAAACUCGAGUUGGCAAUAUUUCUAUACAUCUCUUAUGGUUUCCGUACCCAGUGUAACGUCUAGGUGCAUUUUCAACACGACUUCAAAAUAUGUGGUGCACUAUCACGUUUUAUUUAUGAACAGCUGAUGUCUUUAGUUAUUCAUUUAUUUUAUUCAUUUAGUUUAUUCAUCGUCUGUCAAACAAUGUUUACUCUCUGUGAAUCGCGAUCAAUUUCUCAGACAAUUGAAAGAGAACGGCAGGCACAAGAUCAACGUUUCAUUCAACAAGUGGCUGGGAAUCCUCGCUGGGGAAGAUUUACCAUCGAAACUGUACUGUAG